AUGGAGAGGCCGGCGUUCCUGAGUCAGAAACCGCCUCCUGGCUAUGUUGCUGGUAUUGGAAGAGGUGCUAUUGGUUUUACAACACGCUCCGAUAUAGGGUCAGGGAAGACGCCCGGCAGAGUAGCAGAUGACAGAGAACAAGGCGUAAAUCCGGGUGGCCCAGAGGAUACAGAAGAUGCAGAAACAAAAGCCAGAAUCAAUCGGAACCAGCGCUUUGAAGAUACCAAUGGUCUCUCUUUGGUCUCGCACGGAUUGGAACCGGACGAUAAAGAUGCAGAUAGAAUAUACGAUGAGGUUGAGGCCCGCCUCGCAAGAAAACGCGUGCACAAGAAGUUAGACGUCGAAAAGGCCUCGUCUGGUAACUCGCAAGGAGGAUUUUUGGCGGCGUCCCAGCAGUUCGUUGACCUGAAGCGGUCUCUAGCCACUGUGAGCGAAGAGCAAUGGGACAACUUACCGGAGGCGGGAGAUAUCACACGGCGCAACAAGCGCCAGCGGCUCGAGAUGCAAAAUGAACGCAAGUCUUACGCUGCUCCUGAUACACUUGUCUCUGGUAAUAUAGACCUCACAAAACUGACGCAGGAGCGUGAAAAAUUGCUGGGCCGUCAGCUGGAUGAAAGUAUAAGUUCAUCGGCUACUGGUAUAAAUGACCCUAAGGAUGCAGUUGAAAAGUACCUAGAAGAGCUGGACAAUUCGACGCACUUGGCGAACUUGGAUGAACAAGCCCAGGACCUACGAAAAACGCGCGCUAUCCUAGCCUCAUACCGCAAAGCUGACCCCAAAAAACCGCAAGGCUGGAUAGCGUCCGCGAGACUCGAAGAGAAGGCCAAUAAGUUUCGUUUAGCCAAAAACCUUAUAGAAGAGGGAUGUAACGAAUGCCCUUAUGAUGCGAAUAUCUGGCUUGAGAACAUACGGCUUAAUUCUUCUGACCUGCGUUACUGCAAGAUACUGGUUGCCAAUGCCCUCCGAUUCAAUGAAGAAAGUCUUGAACUUUGGCUAAAAGCCAUUGAUCUUGAGAGAGAACCUCUGAACAAGGUGCGUGUUUUGCGCAAAGCUAUACAAAGUUUACCCACAUCGGAAAAACUGUGGAAGCUUGCAGUGCAGUAUGAAAACGACAAACAAGAAGCGAUUAAGAUAUUGCAAAAAGCCACAGAGCUGUUGCCACACAGCAUACCACUUAUUACCGCCUUAGUUAAUUUGCAAGAGCAUACAGUGGCCAGACAGACCCUAAAUACUGCUAGACGCAACAACCCUACUACAUUCCACAUGUGGAUGUUGGCUCUGCAGUUAGAAGAAAGACACAGUGAGGCUAGUGUUGAUAAAUUGAUCAAACUUGCCUUGAAAGGCGCCACAGAGCUAUCAAAGAAUGGGAUAACCAUCAAGUUUGAAAAAUGGCUUCAAGAAGCAGCGAAAAUUGAGCUUGACUUUCCAGGGGUUUACCAGAACACUGUGCAAGCUGUUGUAGAAACAUCCGUGCAACUGUUUUACCAUUCUGAACCCCUUAGUGAUUUAUUAGAGGCUAUUGAAAAUAUUGCUUCACAGUGUUUUAACACCAAACGUUCAGCAUAUUGUUGCUUGCUUGAGAAAGAUCCUCUGGACAUGAGCCUAUGGACAAAGGUUAUCAAGCACUGCCAAGCCCAAUCCAAGCUUGACGAGGUGUAUCGUCUCUUCGAGAAAUUGCUAUUUUCAGAUUCUAACGAAGUAUUACGCAAGAACUCGGUUUUGGCAUUGAUGUAUUCCAAACUUUUAUGGAAAUCGGAGACAAGCAUUGAAAAAGCUCUCGAAGUUCUUGAUAAAAGUCUCAAAGUGGACCCUCUGAAUGUUGAAUUCUGGCUCGCCAAAGCCAAACUCUUGGUGAAUGCCAGGAAAUUUGAAGCAGCGGAAAACCUUUACAAAGACGGUGUUAUUAAGCUGUCACAGCAACCUGGCUUGGAGAGAGUUUUUUACCGUUACGUCAGCUUCUUGCGGUUCCAAAACCGCAAUGAAGAGGCGCUGAAAUUACUGGAAACAGACUUUUUGCAACGCGCCCACGGAUGUGAAAAGCUGUAUUUGCAAUGGGGUCAAAUAUAUGUGCAUCUUGGAGAUCUGCCUCAAGCCCAAAAGUGUUUUGCGGCCGGUGUAAAAGAAUUACCUACCAGUGCAAACUUGUGGAUCGCGCUCGCACAUACUGACAAAGAUCAAGUUGGUUCGGCCAAGGCGCGCUCGGAUUAUGAUAUCGCAUUGUUGAAAGUCCCUCGCGAGAAAUCGGAAAUACUUCUUGUUUCACGAAUCCAUCUCGAAAAAGGCCUUGGAAAUUUGGAUCAGGCGCGCUUGUUGGUAACGCAGGCGCUAAGAGAUUUCCCAGCAAGCUCGCUCCUGUGGGUCGAGCAUUUAAGACUUCUCAAUAAAAAAUCUUUGAGAAAAACCGCUUAUCAAGAUGCACUUAAAAGCACCAAUUCAGGCCCUAGAGUCUUGGUGGAGAUCGGUUGCCAUCUUUUUGGCGAAUCGAGCUACGAGAAAGCUCUCAAAUGGUUCCAAAAAGCAGCGUCUGCCAGUCCUCUUUAUGGAGACGCCUGGAUAUGGAUUUGUCGCUGUUACAAAAAACUUGAAAGAGACCCUUCAUCUAUUUUUUCGGAAGUUGAAGACAUAGAGCCACGGUAUGGUCCUGAGUGGGUCAAAAGAUCUAAGGAUGUCAACAAUUUGACCUUGUCCCCAGCUCAAGUACUGUCCCAGUGUACGUCACAUGAUCAGAAAUCAUGA